AUGACUGACGGAGGUUGGCAAGAGGCUACGAAUAGAAGACGAAGGAAGACAGCGGCGAUAGGAAAUCAAAAAAGUUGGAAUCAUGCAGGGGUAACGACGCUGUUUGUAUCUAAUAUUCCUCAGGAGACCAGGAUUGAACCCUUAAAAAGUUUCUUCACCAAAUACGGGGUAGUGGUGGACGUGUAUGUGGCUGCGAAGAAAGACGUAAACAAAAAGUCUUUUGCUUUUGUGCGAUUUAAAGCGACGGGAGAUGAACGGAGACUUGAGGAGUCCCUUCAAGGCUUAACUUUUAAAGGAAAAUCGCUGGAGAUCAACAUAGCAAGGUUUGCAAGAAAAUCGAUCGAUUCAAAAGGGGACAAGUUUACGUGGAAUCAGAACCAAUACAAAAGACCACAGGAACAUCGAUGGAGAGGUAGAGAUAACAGAUCCUUCGCUGAGGUGGUACGAGGUAGUAACAAACUUGGGAGAACUACAGCCUACCAAACCCAAGCGGAACUUUUAUCUCCAAUUAAAAUCUCAGAUGAUUCACCGCUUAAGGGAUGGUUGAGUAUCUAUGGGAAAGUCGGUGUCAUCACAAGCUCGUUAUCAUCCAUCUCAAGUGAGCCGACAGUAGAGAUUAACGGAAAGACAAUUAAAAUCCGAGUUGACGAAGUCGAUCUUGACUGGACUCCAUUUAAGCAGCUUGAUCGCUCAUUGGAGGAUACUUCCUCGUCAGACGAAGAUGAAGACGAAGUGGAUGACUUGGUCGGAUCGGACGAUGAAGAUCAUGUAUCGGAUACCCCUCCAAUGCAGUAUGAAAAGGAAGAGUCUGAAGAGGGUGAGAUUAGAGAAGAGGAUGGAACGGAAAUAAACUCUCACUUGCAUGUGGUCGGUAAGCAUAACAACUCGGAGAUGGGGCCGCCUCCGGCGAUCAUGGUACCGGCAGGGACUGACGGAGGAAGUGAAACCGAAUUGCGUUGGGAAUCCCAAAGGGCGCAAAUUAAUGCAAACGUUAAUGAACCGUCGGUUAUUGGAAAGUCAAAUGGGAAUGCAGGAAAUAUUGCGCCGUCUAAAAACCUGGAGUCUACCAAUUUGGGCCAUAUGGACUUGUCAAAUGGGCUCCUAAACGCGUUACCUUUAACAGGCUGCUUUGGCCCUUUUCAUAACAAUAUGGUUCGAAGUGAACCAAUUCCGGGUCGAACCAACAAUAAUUUUAAAGGAUCCUCUGAUAAAAGAAGACGAUUAUUGACGCCGAUUUUUGAGUCGCCCAUGGAAAAUCAAAAUCAAAUGGUGUCUUCAGAUCAAUCCCCCAUCGACUUAAAUUUAGAACCGAUCCCUUCCCAUAUCCCGCUCCCGGAAUCGGACGACGAGUCACUCUCGACUUCAUCGUCAGAAAUCAGGAACACGGUGGAGUUAGAUGGAAGGCAUUGGUCAGUGUUCGCGAAUAGAUCGAGUACGGGGGUAUGGAAAAACAUAAUCAAAUCAAGAUCUUUUCUGCAAACGAUCAACAUUGAUCCCAAAGAUAUAAUAUCGUGGAACGUGGGUGAGGGUGAGUGGAAAUCAGAGUUUGUUUCUGACGGACGAUUCAUGGUGUCUCGGAUACGGGAAAGGAUUGAACUAGCCGACUUUGUUGUAUGUGAUGGACCGUUCGAUUGGGGGAAAUGGACUCCGUUCAAGAUUCUCUCCUUCAUGUGGAGAGCAAAACAAGGUAGACUUCCGUCGGCGGUGGCACUUAGUAGGCGCGGGAUCACUAUCCCAUCAACUAGAUGUAGUGGUUGCAACUUGGAAGAGGAGACGUCAGACCACAUUUUGAUUACGUGCCCAAUUGUGAUUUCCGUCUUAAAUUCGAUAACAUGCUGGUGUGAACUCAAUUGUGGAAGAUUUACGUCGGUAAGGGAGUUGAUACUAUUCGUCUCAAGGUGUUCCGGGUGUAAUAGAAAAAAGAGGCUUUUGAAUAUGAUUUUUAAUGGAGCAUUAUGGUGCUUAUGGUUAGCCAGGAAUAAACGGGUGUACGAACAGACUCACACUUCAUCGGCGGUCAUAACAGAAAAGAUAAAAGCGAUGACGUUUACUUGGUGCAAGCAUAGAACUCCAUGCAAAAAUGUAGAUUGGAGAGUUUGGAAUUUAUGCCCCACUCUUUGUCUGUAG